UCUCUCUCUAAAUUUCCUAUCACUAUCAUAAGGAUUUUCCCCUCUCUCUUCUUUUGCAACUUGUACUUCAAUUGUUUAUAUAGGUACAGGAACCCUCUGGCUUCUUCAUAUGAUUCUUGAAUUGGGGUGUUAGCCAAUUGUUUCAGGGGUUGAGAAUGAAACAGAUUUCCUGAUUGUUGUGUUUUUAAUAUGGGUUUGUUUUGAGAUUGCCAAGAUUUGUCUUAGAUUUCAGUGUCUCCUCUCUUUCUCUCUCCCUCUCUCUAGAUAUAUGUUCCCACUGUUGCAUUCAAAGGUUUCUCAACUUCAUGAAUGACAACUUCUCUCUCUUUCUAGAAUUUCCAAGUAGUUUUGGUUUCUUCACUAGAAUCACUGCAGCAUUGAACAUUUUCUCUCUCAUUAGAGUUUACACUGUUACCAUUUGCCUUCUUUCCACUACACAACCUCUUUUUGCUUGAAUUUUCUAACUACUACAUGCUUAGCUUGAAAGAUCAAACCUUUAGCUGUCUUCUCAAUCAAAUUGUUCACUAGAAGGGCCCUUUGAUCUCUCUCUCUCUCUCUCUCUCAUGGGUCUAGUGAGAAGCCCAAACAUGAGAAGUGGGGACUAUUUGGAAGGGAUGAUCUCGGAUUAUGUGAGCGCAAAGGUGAAAUCGAGAACUCAUAAGAGCAAUUCAGCUCGCUUAGUCACGGUUCUAACCUGCCUCCAAUUCGCUUUUGCCAUUUAUGCCACCUUCCUCCUCUAUUACAUGAGCCCAACCAUUGACCUCAGAACAAAACCCGACUUUUCAUGGGCAAGCCGAAUUGCCAAACACUGGAAACAGUUCAUAAUUCAGCCCAAUGUCUUAGGAAACCACCCGGAGAUCAAUGGCCUCUCAUCGGAAAUCCCCCAAUUAUCAGUUGUUUGUGAACACGAAACUAUUGAUUUUCAACAAAAGAAAUCGAAUGAUCAACAUAUGAUCAGAAUCAAGAGAGAGCUCUACAAUGAAGUGUUGGAGUUCCAAAAGAAGUCCUUUGGCGCGGAAACUCUAUCUGAGCUCAGGGCCAUGGAUUCUCAAUGGAAAUCUCUUAAGAAAACCCCGAAAAUCACCGUGAUUUUGAACCAUUUUAAGAGGAAAACACUUUGUUCUCAGCUCGAUUCGCUUCUUCACCAAACUGUUCCCUUCCACAGCAUAUGGGUCCUUGCUUUUGGAAGUCCCAACUCUCUCUCUCUAAAGAGAAUUGUGGAGAGCUACAACAAUUCAAAGAUCAGCUUCAUAAGCUCAACCCAUGAUUUCAAGUACUAUGGGAGAUUUCAAAUGGCCCUUCAAACUGAAGCUGAUUAUGUCUACAUAUUGGAUGAUGACAUGAUACCAGGAAAGAAGAUGUUAGAGAUUCUUUCUCAUGUUGCAGGGACUGAGAAGUAUAAGAACUCAGUUUUGGGUAGUAUUGGGAGGAUAUUGCCAUUUAGACAGAAGGACUACACAUUUCCAAGUUAUCGAAAAUUUAGGUCUAAAGAGGCUGGGAUUUAUUUACCUGACCCUGCCUAUGGUAUCACUGUUGAUAAGGUGGUUCAGGUCGAUUUCCUAUCAAGCUCCUGGUUUUUAUCUACUGAUCUCGUUAAGACCUUGUUCAUAGAGACUCCUUUCACUUUCAUGACUGGUGAAGAUCUGCAUCUCAGCUACCAGCUCCAAAAGUAUCGAGAUGCGGGCUCAUUCGUCCUCCCCGUAAACCCCAAUGACAAAGAGACAUGGGGUGACAGUGAGCACCGCCUCGCUUACGUUUCUGAAACUACCGUCAUUUUCAAAAACAUCGUCGAAGUUCGUGACGACCAAUGGUGGAGAGCCCUCUCCACUGGCUAUGUAACUCAAUGGGCUUCAAUGUACCCUCAAAAAAUCGAUGCCUUAUUUUAUGCUCAUUCCAUUGAAGAAGUCAAGAAACUGUCUCCUUUGAUUGCAAAAUUCCGAUCAACCCCUGGUAAAAAGGCCUAUGUUGUGGUCUCCGGUGGACAAUAUUGCCCUUGUGAGGAGGCGGCAGUUGCUUUGAAUUGGCCUAAAAAUGCAUGUAAAGAGAGGAGAUUCAAGAUUUUCGACUUAGGUGUAGGGGCAUUGGCUGGAAUAUCAGGGUCAGGGGUACCGGUUUUGCAGUCAGUCUAUUCGAGCAUGCGUGGAUUGAUGAGGAUUCACAAUCCAAGUGUGGUGAUUGCUUUGAAGGGGGUUGAUGAGAAUGUCAAGGAGGGGCUUAGGACGGCAGUUUCGGGCCAUAACAAUGGUUCACAGAUGAUUUUGUUCCCAGAAAAUGCGGUACCUAAGGUUCUUUGGAUGGCCAAUCUCAGGUCCACAGCUAUUCCAAAUUGGAACAAAAUGCGGAUUUCGGUGAACAUCAUCACACAAAACAGGGUGACAUCCCUUCAGCGGCUCCUCCGGUCACUCUCAGAGGCCUACUACCUUGGGGACGAGGUCCCCCUAAGCUUUAAUAUGGAUAGCCAAGUUGAUGAAAGUACCCUUAGACUUGUGAACUCCUUCGAGUGGCCUCAUGGCCCCAAGACCCUACGCCGUCGAAUCAUCCAAGGGGGUCUCAUCAGAGCUGUGAGCGAGAGCUGGUACCCCUCUUCCGACAAUGACUUUGGCCUCCUCCUCGAGGACGACAUCGAGGUCUCUCCCUACUACUACCUCUGGAUCAAGUAUGCCCUCCUAAAUUACCAUUAUGACCCUCAAGUCUCUCUCCCUGAGCUCUCGUCCAUAUCUCUCUACACCCCUCGCUUAGUUGAAGUGGUGAAAGAACGGCCGCAUUGGAACGCUACUGCUUUCUUCAAACACAUCCAUCCAAACACCCCAUACUUACAUCAGCUCCCUUGCAGUUGGGGUGCAGUCUUCUUUCCUAAACAGUGGCGAGAAUUUUACACUUACAUGAACAUGAGAUUCACUGAGGAUGCAAAGAAAAACCCAGUUCAAAUCCCGAAGUCUAGAACAAAUGGAUGGCAAGCUUCAUGGAAGAAGUUCUUGAUUGAUAUGAUGUAUUUACGAGGAUACGUUAGCUUAUAUCCUAAUUUCCCUGACCAAGCUAGCUUCUCGACUAAUCACAUGGAGCCGGGGGCCCAUAUUAGUGCUAAAGAUAAUGUGGUUAAGCACAAUAAGUCCGACUUUGAGGUGCCGCUCCUUAAGAGAGACUUUAUAGAGCUUCUGCCUAGUGGUAAAAUGCCCCCGGCUUCGAAGUUGCCGGUCCUAAACUUGUUUAACCAAGCUGUGUCAUUAAGGGGACUUAAAUCGGCUGCUGCUAAGUUAGCACAAGAUGUGCUCCCAUGUAAUGGCACUGGUCUUGUGGUUGUGGACCAUGAGACUGGGGGGCCAAGCCAUUGUGCGGGGUUCAAAUGAUCUCUUUCUGUCUUCUUUUAUUUUUCCCAUUUGGGGCUUAAUUUUUACAUUUUGUCUUUGGAAUUUGCUGGAGCUGGGGAGAUGCAGUGCUUUCUAAAAAGGAGGAUGGUGCUGCUUCUUGUAUUCUUUAAACAGAAUUGUGAAUCUCUUUGUUUCUUCAUUCUCACAUGUAAUUUGUUUGAUUAUGGUCUCUAUAUAUGUGUUUUAUGGUCUGUAU